GAAACUAGAAACCCUACAGGGGACUAUCAAUACGCCGACUUCUGGCCGAAGGGUGUCGUGUGUCGGAGGUUUCGGAGCAAACUGAUAUAAUAUAUAUACAAAUUGUCAUCAGGUUAAGUGUCAUGUACCAAUUAAUACACCCACGGACACACACACGCACACACACACACACACACACACACACACACACACACACACACACACACACACACACACACACACACACACACACACACACACACACACACACACACACACACACACACACACACACACACACACACACACACACUUAGUAGCAUACGUAAGUAGUAAGUAAGGUAAUCUUAUACAAUAAGUGGGUUCAUUUUAUAUAAAAGUAGUGGUUAAAAAAAAAAAAAACAAAAAACAAAAUGUACUUACCAUAACAGGAAGAGCGAGUUCUCCUGACACAGGUGUCUUCAUACCUACUAGGAGGGCUCAACACUUGUAAUAAUUGUAUACGUGAUUUUUUUUUCACGAAAUAAAUUUUAUUUUAUUUUUAUUUAUUUUAAACUGCCGAAUCCGCACAAGAUCAGCCUAUUCAACGGAGCCACGCCGUUUUCGCGCCUAAAUAGUGUUUAGUUUUAAUUUUAUAAAAUGUAUAUAUGUAUCGUAGUCUAUAAGGUAUUUGUAAUAUGGGCCUUGUUGCCAUAAUAUGUUUUUAAAAUAAAUAUAUGAAUAUAAAUAAAUAAGUAAGCAAAGACAGCUUAGCAAAGAAUCCUGGGAUCGACUUUAGGAGAAAGACUGUUUUGUGAAACGGUGGAUAUUUAGACUCAAAUGCUUGUGGUACCCCAAAAUAUGUGGGUAUGGGUUAUAUAGCUUGUGGAUACAAUUUUUUAUCUUUAGAUGCGAUUUAGGUACUAUGUGUUUAGGUGUUAUGUGUGGUAAGUAUGUGAAUAAUGUGCCAACGAAUAAUAUAAAUAAUGUCUACUGGUUGAAUAUAUCUAUAUCAUUCGAUAGCCCAGUAAUUAUGCCAUUCCAUUUCGUUAAUAUCAUAUAGUUAAUAAAAAAAAUAUAGCUAGUUAAAGUUCAUUUACAUAAGAUCUACAGAAAAAAUAACCAAUGACUACAGCAGUAACCAUGGAUUUGAUACCUAUCGCAUCCAAUGUUAAUACAAUAGAAAGGUGACUUUAUACAAAUUUGCACCUGAAGGCACCUCGAGUAAAAUAAGUGUUUGAGAGGGUUCAAAUGUCAAAUGUUUUAUACCAAAGAUAAAUAAGUAAUACGAAAAAUUACAAACGUAACUAUAUUUUUUAUUUAUAAGAAUCCUGUAAAAUAUAUUAAUUUAAAAAUAUUUUUAGAAAGGAGGGAAUUGAUUUCCGACUUCAAAAUUCAUACAGGACAUAUCAAUUUUAAUAGUUUUGUUGCAAUUGUUUUUUUUUUGCUAAAUUAUAUAAUUGGUUGAUAUUAUUAAUGAAUUAAAUGUCUUAUUUCUCUCUGAUUUCAUUCCUGUGUAUAUUUUUGUAUAAUUAUACAAUUAUUUUCAAUUUAUGAAAUAAAUAAUGAAAACCAGCGCUUAUAGGAUCCAGUAAAAUAUUAUUCCUCAUUUUUUGAUAAAAACAAAUAAAAUGAAUUAAUGAUAAAAGAAUAAAAUCCCACGUUUCCUAAAAACCAUAUUUUAUGUCAAAUAUUAUAUGUACUCAUCAAUCGAUCUACGUUUCUGUUCUUAAGGAAUUCUGUACUCCAUUGUGACAUAUAAAUAAUGAAAUUCAUAAAUGCUUGUACUAAAACCUGUACCGAAACAAAACAAAAUGUUAUUGAGGUACCUACCAUCCUAGAAUGUAAAGUGGUAUUAAUAACAGAUUUUAAAAUAAGUUUUGUAUAGUGUCACCAUGUGAGCCGAUUUCUAUUUUGUUCUCAUUUUUUUGUCAGAUUUUGAUAAAAUUUGGUAAAUAGAUAAAGCUUCCUAAUCAAUACAAUAUACGUACGAAAGCGCCAUGUCUUAAAAAAAGUUCCUCAGAGUUUUUGUAUAUCGACGGAAUUCUUUUUUUGUCUUAAAUUGGGAUUUCGUAUUUUGUACGCCCAGAAUGAGACGCUCUUCAAACUUACCAAAUGUUAUCAAAAUCUGAUGAAAAAAAUCUACAGCAAAAUAAAAAUCAACAUAAUAUAUUCAAGUGCAUGGAAAACUUACGUAGCAAAUACUCGUGAGAUUGCUGAGAUUAUUAUGUUAAAACUUACAAACACUGUGGUGUUUUGUGUUGUUUUUGUUAACGCAGUAGAAUACAGCAGGAAUGACGAAGGCUAUCCUACGGGAUUACUUUCAGAAUGUCCCGGAUCAUGGAAACCAGCAAUCAUAAAACCAAAAACUUUGAAAAAACUCUAUAUGUCAGUUGUUGGCGAAAAUCAUGCAGGUUUUACAGGGCAUUACAACUACUACGGGAUGAACGAGCUGGCGAAGAAUUCUGACAUGGACUUUAAGAAGAAAACAUGGCUUUAUAUCGGAGGAUAUAUGGAAGCCAAUGCGUGGAACACUGGACGAAAUGUGGGCUAUGACUACAAGGCUAGAGGAUAUAAUGUGAUUUCUCUGGAAACUAUUGAGUUCACCGCAAGAUAUUAUCCUCAUGCAGUCCGGUUAUCACGCGCUGUUGGUAAGCAUGUUGCAGAAAUGCUAGUCAAGUUAACAAACCAUGGUCUCGACCCGAAAAAACUUGAGAUUACUGGCAUGAGCCUCGGAGCACACACUAUGGGCUUCGCAGCUAAGCACUACAGAUUAAUGACUGGACAGAACAUUUCGUUACUAACAGCACUAGAUGGUGCUGGACCAUGCUUCAGACAUCGCGGGCCAGAUGAGAGAUUAGAUAAAUCUGACGCUGAUUUCGUUGUCAGCGUUGUUACAACCAUGGACAUAUCAGGCAUAUCUGCUCAUUUCGCUCAUGUAACUUUCUAUGUGAAUGGGGGAGCAUACCAAAUAGGUGAUAUAGCGUGGCUCCCCUGUGAUGCUUUGUGUAGUCAUUCUAGGGCAUAUUUUGUUUGGUGGGCUGCUGUGGUAUAUCCUGAUGCUUUUAUAGCUGUGCGAUGUGAUACUGUCCAGCAAGCUAGAGAUGGUGACUGUUACGAUUUGCAGCCAAUGGUGACAAACGUAAUGGGCCCAGUGACUAAUAAGGACAAACCGGGAAUUUAUUAUCUUCGUACAGCUAACAGAUGGCCUUAUGCUUUGGGAAGAAGAGGCUUGAAGAAAGCUUAAAUUGCGAUAAAGCUAAUCAUUAACAUAUAGUAAAACAGCAGAAGCUUAGAGAGUUGCAGAUCUUCCACCUUAUAUCAUAAUCAUCUUUCGCCUAAGAGAAAUUUUGUGUUAACAAUUUAAUAAAUAUUGUUAAAA